AUGGAACCGGAAAGUGAUGAUCAAAGACCGGAAAAUGAUGAUCAAAGACCGGAAAGUGAUGAUCAAAGACCGGAAAAUGAUGAUCAAAGACCGGAAAGUGAUGAUCAAAUACCGGAUGAUCAAAGACCGGAUGAACAAAGACAUGAUCAAACCGAAGAUGAGAUGGUUAUCGAUACGGUUAGCAAUAUUUUGGAGUCUGAUGUUUUGGAGUCUGAUGUUUUGGAGUCUGAUGUUUUGGAGUCUGAUGUUUUGGAGUCUGAUGUUUUGGAGUCUGAUAUUUUGGAGUCGGGAGAUGUGACGAGCGUUGAUCAAAUAUCUUAUAAGAAUAUUGAUGAUGAAACGAAUGAAGACACUAAGGAGGGGAAUCCUUCAAUGGACCAGCAGUCUGCUAGCGAAAUAAAAUCAUCAGGAUCGAAUCCGGGGGAAGAAGAUAAAGGGAAGGCAAUGUCCGACAUCACGAGACUAUCUGACACGGAAACUAACAAGUGCUUUCCACUCAACUGCUUCGAGUACGAGCGUCGGGCUAGGACGACUGUUGGAUUAGGUCGAUGCGGAACGACGCGAAUCUGGAGAAGCAUGAGGGCGAGGCAGCCGACGAGGAUACAUCGAAGGAUGUCGAGAAAUGAAAGCGGAAGAUUAUGGCCGAGUGUACCGCCGCUCUUUGCACGAGAUACAGUUAUCGGGCUGGAGAAAGAAUGGGAAAAGGAAAAACGAAAGAAGCGAAGGGACAUUUUCUAUGACCUAACGGACGAUGACAAGGAGAAAUUUCUUCGAAAUCAGCAGAGGAGCGACUUUGCUAAUCGCAAGGAACUAGGCCACGUACGUGUGCCGGUAUCGUAUGCGGAAUCAAAGAAAUUAUUAUCGGUGGAUUGCGCGGUUGGCGACCAACGUCCCGGUUUGGUUGACGGUGAUUACAUGAUUGUGAAGUUGUCGUCCAAGCGUGUUUAUGCCUGCGUGGUUCUUCAUGGACAGAAGGGUAUGAAUUUACUGGAAAUUAACACGCUGCGAGAACGCGUGAACGCUUGGAAGUUCUGCUUCUAUCAAGCGAUCGUGGCAUUGUUAGCGAAAACUCAGCUCAGAUACAAAUACGUGCGGAGCGCUAAUAUCGAUUACAUUUACGAUCAUGCCUGGAUGCUCUUCACCCACAUCGGCUCGAUCAACGUGAAGGCAAAGCAGCGUCUAGACGACGUCGUAGUAUACAAUUACAAAUACAGCGUCGAAGUAGAAUUGAUCGGGGAACUGAAAGAAGUCGUGGCGCGGGGCGUUUGCGAUUCGUAUCAAGAGUAUGGUACGACAUCGCAGAUUAUAUCAAGGAAGGAUCCCCUGCAAGUCGAGGUGAAACUCGGACGUGAGAAGGUCAAUUUAGCUUACAUGCCCGUGCACAGGGACGACUCGCCGAGAAAACUCGAGCAGUGGCUCGACCAAAUGAUCACGGGGUAUCGUGACUAUAUUUUGCGCACAAUCAGAUUUUCAUUGGCCUUCUGGCAGGAUGGUCUGUUUUGGUACCUGUACAAUCCCUACCAGUGCAAUGAGUAUGGCUUGUGGGAAAAAAAAGGUUUCGCCUGCAUCGUGAAGUUCUGUUCCAAGGACUCGUUACGGAGACAUCUGAUGAUCCUUAUGUUGCAAGGCCACGCCUUCGAGCAGGAGAAAUUUCGAUUCGAUUUUCAAUCCAACUAUGAAGGUGAGGGGAACGUUUACAUCGACGUUGAGCUCUACCACGUGUCUUUCCAUUGCUGUCAGCUGGACAAUCUAAAGUUACUGCAACGCGGGAUGUCCAAGCAGCCGCGACGUGCCGACGAAUGUCCGUCGGAUACGCUUGAGAUCGAGGACCAAGAGGACGAGACUGAUCGAGAGGAGGAUGAGGAGGGCGAUCCGAGGGAGCCAAGGGAGAGAGCAACAUGGUUGAAACGUUAUCGGCCGACGAGCUGGGGCAAAUGCACGUCCGCGAACCGGAAGAGACCAGGCUCGACUGAGGUCACCGCCGCCGGUAAAGCGAGAUGGCAUCAAUACUACGUGGAAGAACCCAACAGGCUGUUCUCCCUGUGGGGCGAGAUACACAUAACUGACGAUAUGUUCGACGAGGCGAAUCGCGGUAUGCAGACGUACGCCUGUUACGUAGUGUGUGCUGGCAUGACUAGGAUUAUGGCGCCGGAAUAUUGGACCCCGAAGACUCUCGACGCGAUCGUUGUGUGCGGGGAUCGUUAUUACACGCACAGCAAGCAUGAGGCCGAGCUCAAGUCUGCCAGCGAUGAAAAUGCUAAUCACUCGUUUAAAUAUCUCUCCAAUUGUUUCGAUAUCGGUGAGAUUGUAUUCGAGGCUCGGAUGCUGCCGGCCAUUAACGGCAGAUUGUACGCUGAAUCGGACGAGUGCCUGUGGAAGACACUGGAGCGAGUAUUCUCGAGUUAUCAUUUCGCCGUACUGACAUGCGAGAGCGCCUGUCUUGGCCUCUUCAAGUUCUGUGGAGCUUACUACGUGUGCGAUGUGAAUUCGUUUGGCCCGCCGUUCUUCCGGUACGGCCAAGGCGCCGCGUAUAUGCUCAGAGCCACAUCCUUGCGCAAAUUUAUGACGGUACUCGUGUUGAUUAUCGGCUCGUCGGAACGCAGCCGAUUCAGCCUGAAUCCCAUCGAAAUUCUCAGGAUUGUCGAAGUAGACACUGCAUUCGACUCUCGUAGAAAACCACGUGACAAAAAAUGCCGUUUUACAAGAUUAAAGGGGAAAAUAACAGGGGGAAAGUUGUCGAGAUUUGCGAACGUUGGACAAAAGAAAAAAAAGAAUGAAUAAGCAGUAAAUCCGAACGUGAUGUAACGUGAUG